AUGCGAUAUGCGGCACCCCCCUUAGGAAACCUUCGCUUCCGAGCUCCGCGGGAGCCUGUUCAUAAUUCCACUCUGCAGGAUGCAUCAGAGUUCGGCCCCAUCUGUGUUGGAACGGGCCAGAGUGCGACAUCAAUGAGAGCGGAGGAUUGUCUCUUUAUCAAUGUCUUUACGCCUUCCGAUGCCACCAAACAUUCGAAACUGCCCGUCUGGGUGUUUAUCCAGGGAGGUGCUUAUGCGACAAAUUCGAAUGCAAACUACAACGGGACCGAGGUCGUCCAGGAGUCCGGGAACAAUAUCGUCUUUGUCAACUUCAAUUACCGCGUGGGAGCGCUUGGAUUCCUAGCGGGCGAGGAAGUUCAACGAGAUGGUGACUUAAACGUCGGCUUGCUGGAUCAGAGAGAGGCACUAAAGUGGGUGAAGAAGCAUAUUCGCCAGUUUGGCGGCAAUCCGGACCACGUCGUUAUACAUGGGGCUUCGGCCGGCGGUGGCUCAGUCUCGUUUCACCUCACAGCGUAUGGAGGCCGGAACGAUGACCUUUUCGUGGGCGCCAUUCCAGAAAGUCCCUGGUGGGCUCCUCAAGUGACCAUCUCCGAGUCUGAGGUACUCUACCACCGCUUACUGCAGGCCGUGGGAUGCUCGACACUCGCGUGCUUGCGCUCGGUGGAUGCCUCUGCAGUCCAGAAAGCCAACUUGAACGCACCAGAUCAAAGCUCAAUUAGUUAUCCUGCCGGACUGGGAAAGUUCUGGCCGGUCAUAGACGGGGAUCUUGUCCGAGAUCGGCUCUACGCUUCCUUUGAGAAGGGAAAGUUCAUACGGGUGCCGUUGAUGGUGAGCAGCGAUACAGAUGAAGGGUCCUCGUUUGCAUAUAAUGCCACCAGUCCGGCGGAGGUCUCUCUCUUCUUACGAAGUUUUUACCCUCAUCUGAACUCCGAGCAAUUACAGGCGAUCAACGAUGCAUACCCUAAGAUGGACCCAGUUUCGCGACAUGCAGCAUACUUCCCCUCAGCCUCGGCCGCCUUUGGCGAUGCGACAAUCGUAUGUCCAGGGAUCCAUAUCACCAGCAGCAUGGCGAGAUUUCUCAAAGGCGGGUCUGACAAGGUGUGGAACUACCGCUAUAAUGUCCAGGAUCCACCGAGGAUUGCUGCUGGGCUUGGUGUCACGCACACCUUCGACCUUCAGGCCAUCUUCGGUCUGAAUUAUGGCAGUAGUGUCAGCAGUAGCAUGAGGGAUAUAAAUGCGCCGAUAAUUCCAGUUGUGAUGUACUACUAUAUCAGCUUCAUAAGAACAUUGAACCCGAAUCUGCUCAAGGCUGAUAGCGCUCCAUUCUGGAAGCCAUGGGGGGAUGGGGAAAGAUUGAAAAUACAAACGAAUGCAACCGCCAUGGAGACAAUAUCUGACGUCCAACGGGAUCGGUGCAAUUUAUGGAAGCGAUUGGCACCCGUGUUGGAGGUUUAA